UUGUAGAUGUCAUGUUCAUCGUGGAUGCUUUGUGUUGAGCAAGGUACUUAGUGUGGAGUGCUUACCGUUGUUUCCAAUACGUGUUAGUUACAGCACCUGAACUUGGCAUGACGAGUGUAUCUUUUGCUCUGUCUGUCGUGUUUUCUGGGAUGUUACAACCUGGUUUGGAUUCAAGUUCCGCUUCGUCACAGACAGAUUGCAUUGUGCAGUGUUUUUACAACGAAUAUUGUAAUUCUGUGUUCUAUGAUUCUGGGACAUUCCUAUGCCACUUUGGCAGAGACAAUUACGACAGUCCGACGUCUACGAUGACCGCGGAAGCGUCUGUGGUGUAUGUUAUCGUCAAAUCUGGAAAUUUUAAGGUUGUUGGUCCACAGUCGGAGUGUCCGCUUGACAAAGGUUUCGCCUACGAUAGCGCCGCAGACAUCUGCUAUAAGGUUCUGGAGACAUUGACCACGGCCGAUAGUCACCGAACAACAUGUCAGGCCAUGGGCGGACAACUCAUGGCAGUCACUUCCGCCGCUCGGGACACCUUCCUGACAGGCCAGGCUACCGUCUACAAUGAUGGAUUCUUCUUCGGAGCCAGGUAUGAUGGGAGCCAGUGGACAUGGGAGACGGGAGCCCCGUAUGGAGCCUACCUGAACUGGGAAACGGGGUACCCGGAUGACACUAAACCGUGUGGCCGGAAGAACAAAGGCACACCGCUAUGGAGGUCGUUCGCGUGUGAUAAAGGCUUGUUGUACAGUGUGUGUGAAUUUGUCACGGGAUACUCACAGGCACAACUAACAACAUGCAUUCCCUAGAGAGUACAGACUUGAUCACAGGGGAAGAUGUAAAGGAAAACAUGUACCCACUGAUUAGCCAUCCUCUAUAUCUGCAGGGUAACUUUUACUAACCCUGGUUCUCUACCGAUCUCAAAUUACCCGCCCUUGAUUUUCAUUACCUAAUUUGAUUUGCCACGCUACUAAGUCUAAUGCACCAAUAAAAAUUCGAGUUAGAAACCAGCCUCAGUGUUUGGUAACAACAUGGCGGUAAGUCCCAUUGAUUAUGACAGAGGUUGCGAGAAAGUCUACAUUGAAAAACUGACUGAAACGCAAACACAAAAUCCUGAAAAAUCAUUUUUUAUGGAAAGGAUGUCUUCAUGUCCAUUAAAACUGACGGUGUGUGUUUUAUUUUAAGAUAUUUGUGAUUUUGUUUGCCCUACUAUACAACGGAGUAUCUGUCUUACAUAUGAGGCAAUUUGAUAAUCUUUUCUUCUACGUAAUGUAUGCACUUAACCAUAGAUAAGAGUUAUGUAUGAGCAUGCGCAUGACAUUUAACAAAUUUCCUUAUCAGAACACCAGGUGUUUUACACUUGUAGUCUUUAACAGAAUUGUUGAAACAGUUGUUUUAUUGUGAAUGUCAACAGUUUUCAUCCCAGUGUAGUCUGUAUACAUAUACUGACACACUUUUAAUGAUGAGAGGGUAAAUAAAACUUGAUCGAUGAAGUAUCUCCUCUGGCCCAUUACUCUAGAUACCAGGAACUUAGUAAAGUUUGAACGUGACAUUCAACAUAACAGAUUAAAUUCAGAUCUACGUGUUUAGUUUUCUAACGUGGCGGGGGCGGUGCGGUAGCGUAGUGGUUCAUUCGUCACGACGAAGGCAGGGGUUCGAUUAAUCAUUAAUCAUUAAUCGCACGUAUCCCCUGAACAUUCGGUCAUAUGAACGUAUGCAAAUGUCGAAAAAGUAUUACACUGGAUCUAUUAACCAUUAUUGGUACUACAUUGUCCAGUUCGAACCGAAGGACAUUGACCGAUACCAUAAUCACAUGCCUUCAUGCAUGCCCGAGAUAACAUACAUGUGAAACGUUGAUAUAAUGUGCCUCCCAACCCCCAAC